UUGUUUUUGUGUGAGGCCAUUGUAGCAAUGAAGCGAGUAAAAUAUCUUCUUCAUCUCUUUCUCUUAGCUUUGCUUGCUGCCAAUGCCAAUGCCAAUGCCAAUCGAAAGAGCUAUAUUGUUUAUAUGGGCGACCGGAUCGACGAUGGUGUUUCCACGUCUUUGCUUCAUACCACCAUGCUGCAAGAUGCCUUCGGCAGUGAGUCGAAGUCAGUGCUUUGUAGCUACCGAAAGAGUUUUAAUGGGUUCGUGGUAGACCUAAACGAGGAAGAAGCACAAAAAAUGGCCGGAAUGGAUGGUGUGAUAUAUGUGUUUCCAAACGGGAAGAGAAAACUCCACACAACAAAGUCAUGGGAUUUCAUGGCAUUUCCUCAACAAGUUGAAAGAGCAGCCGUGGAAAGUAAUGUUAUAAUUGGAGUUUUUGACACCGGAAUUUGGCCUGAAUCUCAAAGCUUUGAUGACAAAGGAAUUGGUCCACCUCCUACCAAAUGGAAAGGCAGUUGCCAAGUUGAUCUAUCAACCAAUUUCACUUGCAACAAUAAGAUCAUAGGUGCAAAAUAUUACCGCAGCGAUGGAAUAAUUUUGCCACCUGACCUCAAAUCUCCAAGAGACUCUGACGGUCAUGGGACUCCUACCGCAUCGACAGCGGCCGGGAGGUUAGUCAGUGGUGCAAGCCUCUACGACUUUGGUUCGGGUACAGCUCGAGGAGGAGUUCCUUCGGCACGUAUUGCAGUGUACAAAAUCAGUUGGGUUGACGGUUGUUAUGAUGCCGACAUUCUCGCAGCAUUCGACGAUGCCAUCUCCGAUGGAGUCGACAUUAUAUCGAUUUCAAUUGGAGGAGGAGCGAUCAACGACUAUUUCGAAGACGCAAUCUCGAUUGCGGCCUUUCAUGCCAUGAAAAAAGGAAUAUUGACCGUAAGUUCAGCUGGAAAUGACGGCCCGGGACGUUCGACGGUGUCUAAUUUCUCACCGUGGUCGAUUUCCGUGGCCGCUAGCACCAUCGAUCGUAAGUUUUCCACCAAGGUUCAGCUCGGCGAUAACACAAUUCACGAGGGAAUUUCAAUAAAUACAUUUGAUCUCAAGAAUAAAACGUACCCUAUGAUUUACGGUGGAGAUGCACCCAACACUACUGCAGGAUAUACGAGUAGAUCGUCUCGGUUCUGCUCUUUAAGUUCGUUAGACCGGGAUCUGGUGAAGGGUAAAAUUGUUCUUUGUGACAGGAUAGGCACCGGGAGAGAACCCUUUUUGGCCGGAGCUGCAGGGACUGUGACUCGAGACCAAGAUCGGACCGAUUUUACCAACUCAUUCCCUUUGCCUACUUCUUGCUUUAAUUUGGUUGAUGGUAACAUGAUUUAUCAAUACAUAAAUCUAACGCGUACCCCGACUGCAACAAUAUUCAAGAGUACUGAGGAUAAUGAUUCAUUGGCUCCUUAUGUGGUCUCUUUCUCGUCGAGAGGUCCGAAUCCGAUCACACCAGACAUCAUCAAGCCAGAUUUAUCUGCACCUGGGGUUUACAUUCUAGCAGCAUGGUCUGAACUUUCUCCUGUUUCUUCGAUUGAAGGCGACAAGAGAUUCGGGACAUACAACAUAAUCUCGGGAACUUCCAUGUCUUGUCCUCAUGUUUCCGGUGCGGCUGCCUACGUUAAAUCGUUCCAUCCGACAUGGUCUCCGGCUGCCAUUCAAUCUGCCCUUAUGACCACAGCCUCCCCUAUGAGCUCCGGCAUCAACUUAGAAGCUGAAUUCGCAUACGGUUCAGGCCAUUUGAAUCCUUUAAAAGCAUCUGAUCCGGGUCUGUUAUACGAUGCCGACGAAUCCAAUUACAUAACAUUCCUAUGCCGGCAAGGAUACGCCACUCGAUUCUUACGAUUACUAACGAAGGACAACUCGACAACAUGUCUUGAAUCCACCAAUGGAACAGUGUCGGAUCUAAACUACCCUUCCUUCGGUCUUUCGAUUUCGCCGUCGAAAACCUUUAGCCGUUCCUUGAAAAGGACCGUCACGAAUAUGGGGUCUCCGUUGGCGAUGUAUAGGGUGAACCUGAAUUUCCCGACCGGGGUACUGAAAGUCCGAGUUAAUCCUGAUGUUCUGUCGUUCACAUCCGUGGGACAAAAACUGUCUUUUGAGGUUGUAAUUGAAGGGACGAUGGAUGAAUCGUUGGUUUCUGGGUCUUUAGUGUGGGAUGACGGUGAACACCAAGUGAGGAGUCCCAUUGUUGUAUUUAUUUAAUUUUCAAAGCUUUUACUUACUUAUUUUUAUUAUUAUUAU